AUGUACGAAGGAACUGAAGAAACACUGCCACCACUGGAAAUGCACACGGUGACUGAAGAACCGCUAAUCGGGAUACCCCCUGUCAACGACACGGCCAAUAUAUUUAUACGAUACCUCACACAUCCGCCCGAGAUCACGAUCCGGCCACGCAAUCUGCAAGUACGUGCAAACGGAAUCGCCGCCUUCUACUGUGCUGCGAGAGGCGACCCUAUACCUAAUAUUCAGUGGCGAAAGAACGGAAAACGUGUCUCAAGUAUGCAGUCACGGUACCAAGUAUCUGGCAUGGACUCGGCGGCCGGACCGAACGCGAAUGGUGCAGUACUACGUAUCGAGCCAGUUAGAGCUCAGCGCGACGAUGCUACAUACGAAUGUGUCGCUGAAAACGGUGUGGGUGACGCGGUGACUGCUGUAGCCACUCUUACUGUGUUUGAAGGUGAG